GAUGAUAAUUUCCUCUUCACUUGGUAUCGCGACUUAUAUCAACAUCACUAAGUUUUCACGAGAUGUGGCUACUAUUCACUUGGCAUUCCUCAUUCUUGGCAUGCUGGCAGCACUUGCAGGGAUUAUAUUUAGUGCUAUUAACCUUUCAGGUGCAGCAUACCUCUUUCAGAGUAGUGCCUUACGCAACGUAGGGAUUGGAAGCUUAUGUACCAAUAGUGUGGUCAUAGUGUUUUACAUCAUUUACAUAUCUUACUGCAUUUAUCAUAUAAUCGUUUACUCUCGUACCUUGCGGAUGGUACCUAAAGUGAAGAAUGGUCAGAAACAAUUCAUUGAGGAAGGAGAGAUAGUUUUAUCCAAUCAAUCAGGCGUGAAUCAACCAGGAUAUCAAGUUGCACAACCAACAACGUACGUGGAAACACGAGUUUUAUCCAAUCAAUCAGGCAUGAAUCAACCAGGAUAUCAAGUUGCACAAUCACCAAUGUACGUGGAAACAAGAGGAGAACCCGAGAAUGAGAAAAGUUCGACAUUUUAAAUGAUGAUCUUUUUUUAUAUAAUUCAU